AUGUACUUUCAGUUCAGUGGUCAGAGUUCAAGACGUUCAAGUGAAAGUACUAGUUCAGUUGAUAGUGAAGUAAUUUUAGAAGCUGAACGUUUAGAAUUAGAACGUUACGCUUUAAAAGAACUUGAAUUAGCAGUUUCAAAACCUGUAGCUUUUUCAGUUAGAACGAAUAUUAGUUUUGAUGGAGCAUUAUAUGGUUUAGAUGCACCAUCACCAACUCGAGUUGUUAGUUUUGGUAUAAAAGAUUUUCUACAUAUAAAAAAACGUUUCAAUCAAGAUUGGUGGAUUGGACGAGUAGUUCGAAUCGGGAGUCCAAUUGGUUUUAUACCAAGUCCAUCUAAAUUGGAAGUAAUUAAUAAUAUUAUUUUAUCAUCAAUAACCACUACUAAUCCUAAUACAAUGCCUGGUGUUGGUGGUGUUGGUGGUGGUGCUGCUGCUGCUGCGACCAAUACGAAUUCAACUAAUGCAACUACAACGAAUAUGGUACAUUUUGUUAAUGAACUUCAAAAUCCUACAACAAAACCAGCUCCUGUUGGUGGAUUCGGCUCUGCAGACACAACGUUAGAACGUGGAGGAAAUCGUGGAUUGUUAUUGUCUAGCGAUGUAGAUCAUCGUGGACCAACUUUAACUGCUAAUCGUCAAAGACAAUCAGAAUCACCUCCAAUUCAUAAAAACUGGAAAGAUGGAGAUGGAUAUGAUGAAGAGGAUUUACGUGAUACACCACAAACUGUAGAAGUACCAGGACAAGCAAAUGUCAAAAAAGCACAACCUAUUGGUCCAGGAGUUAAAAAGAGACCAUUUUCUAAAAAGAAUGAAUUUAUACCUCCAUAUGAAAUUGUUCCAUGUAUGCGUCCAGUUGUAUUUGUUGGUCCAGCUUUGAAAGGUUAUGAAGUGACAGAUAUGAUGCAGAAAGCAAUAUUUGAUUCAAUGAAAAAACAUUUUGAUGGAAGAAUUAUUGUUAGUCGUGUCAGUACUAAUAUAUCAUUGGCUAAACGUGUCGGUGAAUUAUUACAUUUGGAUAAAAAGAAUAUUCUGGAAAAAGGACGUAGUCGACAACUUGUUUCUUUGAUUGAAGUACAACAAGAUUUAGAAAGAAUAUUUCAUUUAGGCAGUAAAAUGCAAUUACUUUUAUUAGAUUGUGAUACAAUUAAUCAUCCUAAUCAAAUAACUAAAACAUGUUUAGCACCAAUUGUAAUCUAUGUAAAAAUUGCUAGUCUACGUGUACUGAAUCGUUUAAUUAAAAAUCGUGGUAAAUUACAAAAAAAAAAUGCUGGUGUACAAACAGCAGCUGCUGAAAAAUUAUUACAAUGUUCACCAAAUGAAUUUAUACCUCCAUAUGAAAUUGUUCCAUGUAUGCGUCCAGUUGUAUUUGUUGGUCCAGCUUUGAAAGGUUAUGAAGUGACAGAUAUGAUGCAGAAAGCAAUAUUUGAUUCAAUGAAAAAACAUUUUGAUGGAAGAAUUAUUGUUAGUCGUGUCAGUACUAAUAUAUCAUUGGCUAAACGUGUCGGUGAAUUAUUACAUUUGGAUAAAAAGAAUAUUCUGGAAAAAGGACGUAGUCGACAACUUGUUUCUUUGAUUGAAGUACAACAAGAUUUAGAAAGAAUAUUUCAUUUAGGCAGUAAAAUGCAAUUACUUUUAUUAGAUUGUGAUACAAUUAAUCAUCCUAAUCAAAUAACUAAAACAUGUUUAGCACCAAUUGUAAUCUAUGUAAAAAUUGCUAGUCUACGUGUACUGAAUCGUUUAAUUAAAAAUCGUGGUAAAUUACAAAAAAAAAAUGCUGGUGUACAAACAGCAGCUGCUGAAAAAUUAUUACAAUGUUCACCAGAAUCAUUCGAUUACGUAAUCGAUCAGAAUACUUUAUCCAAUGCAACUGAAGCAUUAAGUCAUUUCUUAGAAGGUUAUUGGGCAGCAACACAUCCACCUUUGAUUGUUAGUAAAGCUGAACGUCUUCUUGGUUCAUUCUCUUCUCCAGUUCCAGACAUAAAAGAACUUGAUUCUGAUCGUCCACUUGUUCCAAUGACUCCUGGUCAUCCAGGAUUGAGUGUAGUUACUAAAUCUGCAUUAAGCGCUGGUUUUACUAGUCAAGAAAUUAGUGAAUUAACUGGAGCAAGAGCAACUGGUUGGUUAACAGAAAAUGGUGGCCAAAUAGACAAUGAACUUGGACUUACUGGUGUUCAUCAUGCCGGCAGUGUUGGCAGUGAAUUUCAUCACAAUACACAUUUUGGUGGAAGAAAACUUAAAGCUGAUCAUGAUAAUCAUCAUCAUCAUAAUAAUACUACUACUACUGACGGUCUUAAUACAGGAGGACAUUAUUCCGAUGAUGAAAAUGAAGGAUCACAUUCGAAUUAUCCUCGCAACGGUCGAUUACAUGUAGGCGCUGCAAAUGCAGCUGCAAUUGCUGCUGUCGCAGCUGGAUUAACACCGAAAGUGCAUGCAUUGCAUCCAUCAUUAUUACAAGGUGAAAAUAAACGAAACGGUUCAAUUAGUCGUCGUGAUGUCAAUGGAAUGGUGACACAUGAAUCACCUGGUUUAACUAUGGGUUUAGGAUUGGGCAUAGCAAGUGGAGUUGCAGCCACCAUCAGUGCUGCACUAUUUCCAAGUCAUAAUAAUAAUAAUAACGGUAAUAAUAAUAAUAAUAUUAAUGUUAAUAAUCAUCGUCAGCAUCAUCCACCAGAUACUAAUACUCAUCAUCAACCAACACCAAGACUACCACCUCCGACAAUUACUGCAGCAGCUGUAGCAUCUGUGGCUCCACCCCCGUUAAAAGAUCUUGGCAUUCAUCAAGUGGAGGGUAGUGAUGGAACACAAGUCUAUCAAAGUAGAUCAGCUCGUCAAGCUAGACAACGUGAAGAAGAAUUAGCUCGUGUAAAACAACAAGCUGAAGCGAAAGCACUUGCAUUACAAGCUACAGCAGGUGGUCGACGUAGACGUCGUGAUAAAGAAAGAAGACAACGAAAUGUUGAUGGUUAUUGGGAUUCAUCACAUGAUGAACGUUAUCAUCAUGUGCAUGGAACCAAUGACUUAACACAACAUCCACAUCAAUGGAAUGGACCACCGGUUAGAUCUAUGACAAGAGCAUGUCCACCUGACGAUUGAUUGAUUGAUUGAUUAUCUCAAAUAUAUUAAAAACUGACAAAUUUCACUAACUACUUACUGGUUUCUGUCUGUCUGUCUGUCUAUUUGUUGUUGUCAGUAGUAGUAUCUUUUGUAUUUCAAAAAAAAACCCAAAAAAGGACUACUCAUGAAUACUUCUUUCACAUUCAGUAUUAUUUUAUUUUGUGUUCUUGAUUCACACAAAAAAAUUACAUUGUAUCAGUCAGUCAAUAGACACUUUUAAUAAUUCUACAAGAUGUGAGAAUAAAAAUAUAUAUUCAUUAACAU